CAAUGGCUUCAACAUCUCCAUUCGCAGAAAAUCUGUUCGCUUUCGAAGUACGGAAUCUCCAAAAUUGCCCGAUAGUUGUCGAUGGCGAUGAUUUUGUGCAAUACAUUUACCAGCAGGUCGGCAUCGUGUCGGAAUUUGGCGGUGAAUGUAUCGAAUUCGUUCUACGCGCCUCUCGGUUACUGAACACCUUCGUUCACUGCGACAUUAGGCCCAUUUUUGUAUUUGACAAUCUUGUGGACACCACGAAAAACUUUCCUGUCUCCAUCAAAACUGCUUUCAAGUCCAUCAUAACCAGCGCAGAUCUCAAGCAAGUUGCAUCAGAUGACUACAUAGUGCGAACCGUCGCAAGCCUUGCGUCCACUCUACAAUGUCUCAUCCUUGGCUCCAAGCAUCAAUACUUUUUCCUCCAACCCUUGUCGGAUUCCGGCCGUCCUGUUCACUUUGCACCCGUGGAUCUGCUUCAUCCAGAACCCGUGCUGACCACCGACUCCGGUGGACUGGAAGUUCGCUUUUUGACAGCUCACGUCUUUCAUCCCCGCUUUACGGAUCUAUCCCGUAUCCCAACCAGCUGGUACGCAAUCGUUGACGUCUUUCUGUCCUCCGACCUUUUCUCCAUCCCACACAUUCCGUCUGUCGAUAAAUCAUGCCUCAACACGGAAAACCGAUUCGUGGCAACCAUCCGGUGGCUUUCUACAUCUUCACACGAUUCUCAAACACUUCUGACUAAUCUCGUUUCUACACAUCCCUCUUCACAACACGCGACUGUGAUCCGACGUCUAGCACACCAUAUGUCCCAACUUGUUUUUGAUUCUUGUGCAUGGGGUCACUCCCUAACCUUGCAACUAGGUCUUCAGUUGAAUCAGACGAAAGAGUUAGUGUACACCUCUAAUCCGAUGGGUUCUUUGGACAGAAUGGCUGACAGUUCCAUGAAUGUUAAUCUCCUCGUACUGAUACUGCACGGUGGCUGUUACGUCAGUCGAGUAGAAGAUAUCACGAUCGGGUGGCCUACCUCUCUUGCUAACGCCUAUCGGUGUUCUCGCCUCGUACCUGCCUUGUUGGCACCAAUGUACACCCGAUCUUUCUCUCGUACCGAAUUCAGCCAUUUGUGUACCUCCGGGCUCAUUGGCUCAUUGACACGACCACUUCGUGUUUUGUGCUACCGUCUAAUUGUUGGCCUUGAGCUCGGCUUGCAUUCGGAACACAAACUUGCCAAUUUGAACCACGGAUUAGCAGAGGAGGUACUUCUUCAAGUAGACGAGGAAGAGUGUCACCUUCCACUCCCGCGACUAAUUUUUCCCUUUGGACAACAAUGCUCUGAACACAUCCUGGCUGAUUUGUUUUCUCUUCCCCCAUCCUUACAGACCCUCAAGCCAGACUGGCUCUUUGGUCUGGCUAUGACUUUGGCCAUCUGGUAUCACAAGAGCCCAUGCCCCGAGGUUGGAGUGAAGCCAACGCUGGAUCGGUCUCCAUUCGUGCUUGCAGUCGCAGCUUCCGCGGUGGCCAAUGUCAGUAAUGUGGAUCUGUUAGACAAACAGCUGUCUGUUCAGUAUGACCGUCUGAUCGGUUUGCUAGAGCGCGAAUGUUCCUCUAUCAAACAGCGCCUCCCGUUCGAUCCGUUUCCAGAGCAUCAUCCGGAACCCGAACAACAGUUCACUGGCGUGUUGAUGAUUUACGAACACUUGCGCUCUGUGGUCCAACUGGUUCAUAGCCUUUUCCCUUGCGAAACAGAUGCACCGUUAUUUCACUUUCUCCCUAGCUGGAUGCUUUUCCCGUCUGGAUCUAUCGUGCACUAUUUGACUAUGCAUUUGGAGCUGCUCAUUCCUGCCAUCCGACUGGAGCAAGUCCAACAUUACUGGCUCCCCAAACUGUAUCGUGGCCGCCAUUCACCGACCAAAGGUGUGGGUGACAAUCUCGAAUUGUUCGACCGGCUCUUGCGCAUAGCGUCGUUGAUGUUGACCCCAGACACCUCGUUUCUACACCCCGAUUGUUCUAUCACCACUAGCACUACUGUGCGUUUUCGUUCCCCCAAUCCUCCUCCGCCAUCCGCGAGUGAUGAAAAUCCCACCUCAAACGAGUGGACGCGAGCGGACAAAGUCACCGCCAGUACAACAAACAUGGCUGCCGAUUGGGUCCGUUCCAGUGUCAUUGAGUCGCGCCAUCCUCUCGCCGAUUUUUCCAAUAAAGCCUCUGUUUUUUGAUUUCUACUCUGCGUUCCUUCUCCGUUUCACUUCAAACCGAUAUGGCUCACGAAUAAAACCCAAUCGGGCACUGUUUUUUGUAUCAUCCGCAUGUCGUUGCGUUGUGGUUUACUGACGGUUUGACCUAUUUCUAGUUAUCGGAAUGGGACGCACACCCGCCUUCUAUUCAAGACGUGCA